AUGACUGUUUAUCAAAUGGAACAAAGAGUUGCCUUCCAGGAUGGACAAAUCCACAAACGAUUGUACUACAGGAUGUCUGUUGAAGUUUCUACUGCACUUGCUACUUUUCCGGGUGAAUUCUUUCUUGUUCCAGUGACUUGGGUGCACGGCCACUUUCCAAAUAUUGUACAGAUUAUAGAGAUGCCAAGAGGCGGCCAUUUUGCAGCCAUGGAAGAACCAGAACUGCUGGCCAAGGAUGUUAGUGGGGACGGUCGACUACAAGUAAAAUUUAAACAGCUCAGCAGCCCAUUUAGCUCAAGAGAUUUUAACGCUGACUGUUGUGACGGUCAGGUGGCUCCACGUUGCCGUCGUGUGUGUCUUCCAAAGUUUAAGAUAUGUUACAAAGGAGGAACAUCAAGUGGAAGCUGCUUACAAACAAUUGAAACAGGAUUCUACAAUCCAAUUAUACAACCAGUAAGCUCUCUAGUUAUAUUUACUGACAAUGAUGGAACUUUCAACUUUAGCGUCAACGCAUCAGCUCCGGAUCAACAUUAUAUUCAAGUAGAGGUGAUCGAUACUUCACUAAAACUAAUAGACAUAAUCGAUAUAUCAGCGGCUUCCAGUUUGAUAAGUCAGACAUCAGACUUUACUGGUUCACGUGCAACUCUUCCAAUAACAUUGACAGUAGAGUGGCAGUUGUUCUGUGACAAAAACUGGUAUGACAACGAUUGUGGUGAAUACUGUGUGGUUCAAGACACAGCAAUCCCACCAGCCCAUUACACAUGCAACACAACAACGGGACAAAGGAUAUGCCUUGCAGGUUAUGAGAAUUCAGACAGAAACUGUUCAACCGAAAUUAAUGAGUGUGAAUCGACUCCUUGUCAAAAUGGAGCUACAUGUCAUGAUGAUCUACGAAGGUACAGUUGUCAGUGUCCCAACUACUACACUGGAGGUCACUGUGAGACAGCAAUUUUUUGUUCAUCUUCUCCAUGUGAGAACAACGGCACAUGUCAAGACUUAACCAACUCGUACAAAUGCACGUGCCAUCGUGAUUACACAGGAACAAACUGUGAAACACAUAUAGACGACUGUGCAUCUUAUCCUUGCCAAAAUGGGGGCCAAUGCAAUGAUGGCACUCUCAGCUACCAGUGUGACUGUAAGGAUGGCUAUACAGGCAUACACUGUGAAACAGGUACAAACUGGAACUUGAAUGCUAACAGUUUUGAAAUGCAUUCAUAA